GAGCAUGCAGUACUCCGCUCAACCCGCUGGGAUGGCAUCUACUUUGCAACGUCUGCGGAACGGGGUCAUGUCAACGAACAAGAAUGGGCAUUCAGCUGGGUUCUGGCCCGAUGCAAUCAUUACUUGACAAACGGUAUGCCUGGAAGCGUGUUCUCGCCAGUCGUCAAGCAUGCACUAUGCUACAUGAUCCUAGCCAAUGCCUCCCACCUCCUGGCCGUCAUCACCCUGUAUCGACUUGCCCGAGACUUGAUCUCCACUUCGACACAAGCCCGAUCGCGGAUUGCAUUCACAGCAGCACUACUGCACAUUGCCUCGCCCGCCGGUGUCUUUCUCUCGGCACCCUACGGCGAGAGCACGUUUGCCAUGUUGAAUUUCGCGGGAACCUGGAGCUACAGCCGGGCAUUGAAGCUCAGGCGCGGAGGCUCCACGACCAAGGAGCUCCUCUACACCAUCUUGGCCGGCCUGUUAUUCGCUUUGGCAAGCACGGCGAGAAGCAACGGCCUGUUGAGUGGCAUGCUGUUUGUCGGAGACGUAGCCGACGCCGUAUUACAUCCGCGAGACACAAUUCUUCAGUCCAGAAGGCUGCUGAGGCUGGUGUUCGUUGGAAUCGCAGGGUCGAUCACAGCAAUCGGAUUCGCGGCGCCGCAAAUCGUGGCUUUCAGGGAAUACUGCAUGAACAACACGACUCCGCGAAUAUGGUGCGAGAGAAUUCCUCCAAGCAUCUAUAGCUGGGUCCAAGAUCAUUACUGGGGCGUGGGCUUCCUGCGAUAUUGGACGUUGAGCAACCUGCCCUUGUUCCUGCUCGCAGCCCCGAUGCUUGGAGUCCUGCUCGUCACUGCUAGCACAGCUCUAUGGCGCCCUCGAAGCAUCACUCGGGGGUGUGUUGGAACUAGCCGGCAUCGAGGUGUUGCAGCCGCAGAGGAGGAAGACAUGGCCCAGAUUUUGAGACGGCUUGCCGCACCUCAGUUGAUCCUCGCAGUCAUGGCGGCCACGAGCUUCCACAUCCAGAUCGUCAACCGAAUCUCGUCUGGCUAUCCGCUCUGGUAUCUUACUCUUGCGAUACGCCUGUGUUCGGGGAGUGAGAUAUCGGGAGGGGAAUCUCGAAAGGGCACGAGACCAAAGUCCAAGACCGCACCACUUCCAGGAAUGGAGUGGAUCGUUCGAGGAAUGAUCAUUUAUGCCAUCAUUCAGGGCGGCUUAUACGCCUCAUUCCUCCCACCAGCGUAG